CCGACAUUUACAUUCCAGUAGCCACUCUCUACCCCGCCGACAUUUACAUUUUUUUCAGUAGUCACAGUCAAGAAACAAUAGAAAAUCUUUGAUCUAUGCAGAGUAUAUUAUAUUUCAAAUAAAUCUCUCUGCAUCUGGAUCUUGGGGGUCAUUUUGGUGCAAGGCAUUGCAGAUAAGCUCUGUUUAGGUGUGAGGAAAUGAGUGGGGAUGAGUCGAAGUCGAAAUGUGGUUGGAUGUGGUAUCUGGUGGUUCUGGUAGUUGCGGCACCAAUUGUGCUUGCAGUUGUCCUGAUCCUGAGGAAAAAACACGGCGGCUCAGAUGUUGCCCCUGUUCCGGGCCCACCCGGCGCCGUCACUCAGAGAUACGGGGAUGCCCUCCAGAUCGCAAUGCAGUUCUUCGACGUCCAGAAGUCAGGAAAAUUGGUAGACAACAAAAUUGCAUGGAGAGGGGAUUCGGGGAUAAAAGAUGGCAGUUCAGCAAAGAUUGAUUUGAGUAAAGGAAUGUAUGAUGCGGGGGACCUUAUGAAGUUCGGAUUCCCAAUGGCAUAUACAGCCACCGUGUUGGCAUGGACGAUCCUUGAGUAUGGUGAUCAGAUGGAGGUGGUGGGCCAGUUAAAACCUGCCAAAGCUUCACUCAAAUGGAUUACUGAUUACCUUGUCAGUGCUCAUCCCUCUGACAAUGUCCUUUACAUUCAGGUGGGUGAUCCUGACAUAGACCAUAAAUGCUGGCAGAGGCCAGAAGACAUGACUGAGAAAAGGCCUCUGAUCCAAAUCAACGCUUCUGUACCUGGAACAGAAGUUGCAGCUGAAACUGCAGCGGCCAUGGCAGCAGCAUCCCUCGUGUUCAAACCAUCCAACUCUCCAUACUCAAGCACCCUUCUGAGGCAUGCCAAGCAGUUGUUCACCUUUGCUGACAAGCACAGAGGGUCUUACAGUGAAAACAUCCCAAAUGUUGCCUCAUAUUAUAACUCAACGGGAUAUGGAGAUGAACUGCUAUGGGCAGCAACAUGGCUCUAUCAUGCAACAGGAGAUCAAUCAUAUCAUGAUUUCGUGACUGGUGAAAAUGGAGACGAGUUUGCUAGUUGGGGAAAUCCGACUUGGUUUAGCUGGGAUAACAAACUGGCCGGAGUGCAGGUUCUGUUGUCAAGGGUAAGUUUGUUUAGGUCAAAGGGGUUAUCAAACUCACACAUUCUGCUCAAGUAUAGGAGCACCGCAGAAGCAGUUAUGUGUGGCCUUUUACCGAAAUCUCCCACAGCCACGUCUAGCAGAACAGACUCUGGCUUAGUAUGGAUAAGUGAAUGGAACUCAUUGCAGCAUCCUGUAGCCUCAGCCUUCUUAGCUGUUGUUUAUAGUGAUUACAUGCUUACAUCACGCACUCCAAAGAUCACAUGUGACGGGAAAUCUUAUACACCGUCCGAUUUACGCAAGUUUGCCAUGUCACAGGCUGAUUAUGUGUUGGGCAAGAAUCCAAUGAAGAUGAGCUACCUUGUCGGGUAUGGAGACAACUACCCAAAAUAUGUUCACCAUAGAGGAGCCUCCAUUCCAAUCGACGCAACAACUGGCUGCAAAGAUGGGUUCAAGUGGCUUGAGUCGACCACUCCUAACCCGAACGUUGCGAUUGGAGGCCUUGUCGGUGGACCGUUUCGAAAUGAGUCAUAUAUCGAUAUAAGGAAUAACUCGAUGCAAGCGGAGCCCACAACAUACAAUAGUGCAAUUAUUGUGGGCCUUCUCUCUGGUUUGGUUACCUCCUCUUCGGUAGUUCAGUCUUUCAUUUGAGCUAGACCACCUCAAACGAAGUUCAUGUCCAGAUUAUUUUUUAUUUGUAUGUAUAUACUGCUACCUAUAUGGCUAUAUGCAUGAGUAAUCAACUUUUCGUUAUGUUGUAUAUUGUUACUUGUUAGUAUGUUUAGAGUGUGGCUUAUGACUAAAUGAGUUUUGUAGUGUGUAAACAUAUACUGCGUAAUUCUUUUUUGGAAAAGACUGGAAGAGGGGUUUCAUGUUCAAAUAAAAGGCACUCCUAAAAGCAAUUAUUUUGA